GGAACGAUAUGAUGACGGUUCAAACUGAGAAGCAAAGAGUUAAACGAACCAGGGCUCGAACUUGCCGAGUCCGGACGGGGUGCUUAACCUGAAUUCGGCACCUAAAGUGCGAUGAGAGCAAACCCGAAUGCAAGAGAUGUAUCAAAGACCAGAGAAAAUGCGACGGUUACUCAAAGCAUGUACCGAUUCGUUCGAAUCACAACAGACCUUGGUCUGUGGCUGUCCUCCCACACAAGCCAGAAUCUUCAUCUCCUUGCUUCGGCGACAUGAUGCUUGUGGAUCGAACCGACAACGCUCUCCAUCACCACGCAAGAGUAUACGCUGCGCAUGACCUGGUAGCCUUCGACACGGGAAGAGGCUUCUGGCAACAGCUCGCAUUCCCACUCUCUCACAUCGUAAAACCUGUGAGGCAUGCUAUUAUUGCCCUUGGUGGAGCUCAUCGCUGUUUCUGGGCCUCUAAUCCAGCUCAAGGCGCACUUGUUCACGCCGACGUCAGAAAUGAAGCGAUACAAAAGUACAACGAAGCCAUUCAAUGCAUACAGCUUGUAAUGACAGGGGGAUUUGAAGAGAGUACGACACUGACUUGUUGCGUCAUAUUUAUUUGCAUAGAGAACUUGCUUGGUCGAUUUUCUCAUGCUGUCUGCCAUCUUCACGCGGCUAUUCGGUUGCUGAACUCCCACCGGCAGAAGCUACAACAUCCGCCCUCAUCCAAGAUUCCUGGUAUAUAUGGCUUGAAAAGAGGUCGCAGUACGUAUGAAGACGACAUGCAAGAUAUAAUUUCCGAAAUGAUCUACUGGCUCAGCCAAAAUGUAGCCCUGUACACGGGCGAUUUAUACGUUCCUGAGCUGGACUGGCAUCCUUGUAUACCGAGCAUUCUGGGAGACGAGACACUCCCAUUUAGUAGUCUUCAGGAAGCACGGGAGAGUCUCUCGUAUCUGGAUUUUGUUUACGAAGCUAAUUUCAACGUUGACACGACCUCUGCCGACAUCCAGAGGCAGAAGAGUUGUCCACUUCCCCUAAAGGCUCUCUCUCGCCACUACACAAACGCCGCCAAUCUUACACAAGCUGCAUAUAAUAUAUGGAGCUCCAGAUUGGAUUUAUUCAAACGCUCUAUGAGUGGCGUGCAGCUAGUACCUCAUGAACAGCAGUCUCUAGCCUGGUGUGAAUUACAGCAAGCCCUCUGGAGAGCAUUUCUGAACUGCUCUGAUGGAGGCUAUACGAAAGAGAAUAGUCGUCACAUUCUUGAAAGAGUCGAAGAUAUUCUUCAGAUCGAGUCAGCCCAGACAAGACCAGUGUUUAAGUUUGAUGGAGAUUUACUCAGCUCUGUUGGGUUCGUUUGCACAGCUUGCAGGGAUGGCGAUGUGAGAAACCGGGCGAUAAGUCUGCUUCGUUCUAUACGUCGUAGAGAGGGCGUGUUUGAUAGCCAAGAGAUGGCCGGCCUGUUCAGCAGGAUGGCUAGCGUGCUGGACGGCAAAGUAGCCACUUGGGAAGCUCUGCCUUGGGGAGCCACUCGGUUAUCGCUCGAGCUAUCCCGCUUGUCGGACACAUCUUGAGACUCAGUAGCUGUUAGUAAAAGACACCCUGUUGUGAGGCCUGGGUGGAAUAUAAUGCCCAAUCAUUGCGGUUGGAACUUGGACCAUGCAGUCCCCGC